AUGUCCAGUUCGCGAGUCUACUGUCUAACGAUCUGCGCCUGUCGCAAGGAGGGCAUGGAUGAAGACGAAUAUCACCGCUAUCUGAGCGAGCAUCAUUCGAACUUAGUGAAGGGUCAUCUGGCAGCGAAGGGAAUUCUCAGUUAUACGAUGACUCACAAUACUACCGAGACGAAACAAAUGAUGACUCAAAUUUUUGGCACCUAUCCAGAAGGAGAUAUUUGCAAAUACGAUUGCUUUAUUCAGAUUCAUUUCAAGGAUGUUCUGGAUUAUAUUCGAGCCAAGGAUGAUCCAUACUACAAGGAAGUCAUCUUGCCGGAUCAUGCCCAUUUCGCUGAUCCUGCUAACACGGUUUUUGUAACUGGAUGGUUGGAGACACAUGUUAUCAAUGGAGAAGCUGUUUAGGGAGGGUGUGAGCCUCGAUCGUUUUGUAUACAGGAUUGAGACAGAGCCAGUUCCAGUCCUGGCAUUUGAAUAGUGAAAUAAUCCUGGUCUGGACAUGAUCCAAUCCGCCAGUGUGGCAAAUAAGACAAUUUAUAUUCCCAGU